AUAUUUGCACAGAAUUCUAAUCACUCGACUUAUCAGCGAAUGUUUAAUACAAUGGAAAGCAAUCCCGACGUCUAUAUACGAAAUGUGGAUCAGGCGAAGGACAGAGUCAGGAAAGGAGGUUACGCUUACUUAAUGGAGUCGUCGACACUGGAGUACGAGAUCGAAAGGGAUUGCGAUCUAAUACAGAUCGGCUCGUGGCUCGACAACAAGGGCUACGGCAUCGCCACACCGCCCGACUCUCCCUACAGAACUCCGCUCUCCAACGCCAUUGUCGUACUGCAAGACAGGGGUAUUCUAUACAACAUUAGGCAGAAAUGGUGGGUCAAAAUGGGUGGCGGAUUGUGCGGUGUUGAUAGGCCACAGGUCUCCAGUGCCAGCGAACUCAACAUCGAGAAUGUCGGCGGCGUUUUUGUAGUUUUGGUCGCCGGCGUUGGUCUCGGCUGUGUGUUUGCGGCCCUCGAGUUCAUAUGGAAAAGCAUGAAACUGGCCCGACAUGAGAGGUUUUUAUAA